CUCCCCUUUCACUGCUUGGACUGCUCCAUUUCGCAUCUGAAAAUAUCUGAUAGUUGGAGAAGAGUUCUUCAUGUCAGGGACUGCUGUAGCCUCAGCACAAAGAGUACUGUAGCUCCUGGAUCACAUAAGUUAAGCAAAUGGAUGAGAAAGAGUUGAGUGAUCCCCUGAAUAAUGUAUCACUGAUUAAAGAUGAUCUGACAAGGUCAAACAUGGGGUCCUCUGGUGACUCAGAAAAAAUUAUCCAGCGUUUGAAUGAUGAACUUCGAGAAGCCCAGGACGUAGCUAAUACUGAGAAACACAAAUGCAUGGAGCUACAAGGUAUCCUGGAGGAAGAGAGAAAGGAAAAUAAACAACAAGCUGAUGAAUCUGCAAAACAGAUAAAGCUUCUUCAAGGCCAGCUGCGGCAGCUCCAAGAUGAAAUGGGCAUUCUCAGAGAGCAGAUAGACGUUUCCUCCAGUUCACGCGACGAGCUACAAAGUGCACGUGAUGAAGUGAAGUCACUGAAACGUGCCCUGGAGUCAGCCACUGCUGAGCGGGACCGUGAUGUCUCUGCUAUCCAGACUAACCUGGCAACCGUCUCGACGGAUCUGGACAAGUGGCGUCAGACUGCCAACAAAUACGAGCAUGAGAUUGACAACCUACAGCGUGACCUUCAGCAGCAGAGCAAGCAGUGGCAAAAAACUGCAGAGAUACAAGCUAGUGAGCUGCAGUCCAUGCAGGUGGAGUGUAAUGGCCUUCAGAAGGAAUGUUCUGUCCUGCGAUCUGAGAAACAGGACAUUGUGAAUAAGCACCAGAAGGAAAGGGGCAGUCUGCAAAGUGAAUGUGCUUCCCUCAGGGCUGAGAAGGAGGAACUCCUCAAGACUUACCAGAAAGACAAGGGCAACCUGCAGAGUGAAUGUGCAGCACUGCGCUCUGAGAAAGAGGCAGUGCUGCAGAAGCAGCAGCAGCUGGAGAAGGACCUUUCCAGUUCACGUGCCCAGAAUGCUGAACUGAGCAACAGCCUCAAAGCCCUAGAGAGAUCCCAGCAGGAGCUGGAGAAGAGGCUCGCAUCCCUGCAGCUCCAGCACCAGCAGGAUAGCACCAAGUUGCAAACCCAACUGGAUGAGGCAGACAGUCGCAGCAAGGCUCUGCAGAGAGAGUAUGAGGAGGCUAAGACAGAGUUGUCAGACCUAAAGGAAAAAUAUGAGAAGACUGAGCAGGAGAAACAGUUGCUCACAGAUGAACUUGAGGGAUGCAAAGCUAACAUGAAGGAAUUACAGGAGAAAGGAACAAAGAAACCGUGGAUGAUCUGGGGACCUGUGGUUGCUGUGGCUCUAACAGCUGUGACUGCUGCUGUGCUCUUCAGGACCUGAGGGCAACUCAUUCAAACAAACACAAAUAAAUCCGUAUUUGUCAUCAGAUUUGUCCGCACUGAAACUGAAAAACUUGCCCCCUUAUCAUAUCUGCACUAUUAAUUAGGAGGGCUCAUACUUAACACUGUUUAGUUUUAAAGAUGCUCUAUUUUAGAUGGCAGAGACGUUAAUAAAAGAAUGUCAGUUCUGUGUGCAAAUGAAUAUGUUUGUUUGUAUGUCUGUUCUGUGAAGCAGGGGUCAUGUCAUGUGGGUCAUUUCUUUUCGGUUGCUAUUUUGACUUAUUGUCCAUUAAUGAAUGUAAAGAUACUCUUCACACUUAAUUAAUUCUAAAUAUAUAUGAGGAUAUUUUGGGGGUUUGAACCUCCCCAAAUGUAACACAUCUCUGUAAUUGUCAGAAUAAUAAAUAUUAUCACAAUAAUGCAGCCCCUAAUCGAGUGCAAGUUGAAUGCCCUAGAUAUAUAACAAUACAUCAGUGGAUGGUUGUGGUGGGCACUGCUAAGUAGGAAUUUACAUUGUAGUUUCUCAACAGAGCGUCAUUAACAGAAUCACAGCAACUCGCCCUGAGAGCCAUUUCCAUCACUGACAGGAUCUUGUUCAGAACUGCACUAUCCAUCUCUUGUGUGUUUGUCUUCUACUUUCCUUCGGCCUUCUGCUUUUCAUUGAAUAUGCAUGAUGAUAAAAUAUUGAAUUUAUUUAGGACACUUUUUUGUCUCUGCACCAGUUGCCAGCCUCUCAAAUUCAGUUGACAUCUCAGCAUUGCCUACUAUUUCUCAACAGAGGAGGAUAAAACGAAGAAUUUAUUACCCAACCUAACUUAUUACCCAAUACUGAAAACAUGGACAAGGUUAAGUUAGGUGCCACAGACAAAUUAUUGAACAUGGCAAUCAAACAUAGACUGCAAUAUAACACAACACUACAUUAUUUAAAUGCAUGGUAUUCUGUGAUAUUGUGUCACAUCUUACCAGUAGUGACCACAGGAAACUGGUGUGAUACUUUAAAUGUCAUGGUUUUUGAAACUGAUAUUACACUCAUCUGAACUUGUAAACAAGCCCAAACAUUGAUUUGGUAUUCAUUCAGUUUUCUGUUGGUUAAAUGUUUGCAUGCAUUAUGAGUUUGUGAAAAAUCUCAAAUGUUAUCAUUGAAUAUAUCUACUAAGUUGCUGUGUUUAUGGUAAUUUUGACUUUGUUUGAUUCCCUGUAAAUAAGUACAAAAUCUAUGUAUUUUGUAAAGAGAUGGAAAGGUAUAGUUUCUUGGAUUUAAAGUUUAUGAAUAAUUGCUCUAAAAUGUAAGAGUGACGUCAAUUAAAGAUC